CAUGCCAUCUGCUCCAUGUUAUUAUCGGCGGAUUUAGAUUGAAAGCAGCAUCAUUUCUGUGGGUCCCUUUCGCCAAGACUUUAGCCUCACUAGCUACCCAAACUUAGUCCAGCAUGCCAAACCUAAUCGGGGGCACCUCCAGUUUUAGUUUUGUUCCAACAAAAUAGCCCUGUUCUGUAUUUUGACAUAACGGUGUAUCGUUGCCCGGUGACGUCAGCGUCCCAGCAAAAGAGACCCCCUUUUUUUUUUUAGCAGUCUGUGGACAGGAUGCUUUUCACUCUCAGCCCGGACUGUUGCAAACGCCGCUCAAGCUUUUUGUGCAGAUGGCUCGACUAAAUGUGAAAGUUGAGUGGCGGUAUUAAAGAGAGCUGACCAUGAAAACGUGGACCCCGGAGCUGAAACUGGCGAAUCUGACUGCAACAGGAUGUCAUCAUCUGGCAUUGAGCAUAUGACCAGUCGGGCCAGGCAGCAGCGGCAGCAACAGCUCCUGCUAAUGAACUUGCAUCUGCUGGCCAACCCUGGAGACUCACUACUGCUGCAGCACACCCUGGAUCGCCUCAUCCGUUGGCUAUGUCCAAGCUUACACAUCUUCCAUGUGUCAGAGAGGGCCUCUCCAUUUAGAAGUUACAACCACCUCUGUCCUGUGGCAGGCUACCCAUCUCUGGCCAUCACCUUCUUUCUCCAUGAGGCCUAUGGAGAGGAGCGAAUACUCAAAGUGCUGGACUUCUUUCAGCGUCCACCCUGGCAGUACCACCACACUGAGACCUGCGGCAGCCGAACUGGAGGGAUCCACAUUACCUCCAGUAGCUCCCCCGCCAAUGCCAUGCUGCAGCCCUACCUCCUGCCCAGCAGAGACUUUUAUAGUUUGGGUGCAGGUAUGCCUGUGUGGGGGGUUCGACCAGUCCACUGUGGAGGUGAAAUUCUACGUGUAACACUUUACAGUGGAUAUGACAACUAUGAGGAUGCUGUGCGGCUCUAUGAGACAGUGCUGCAGCGACAGGCAGAGGAGCAGAAGACUGGCUUCUGCUGGUUCACUCUCCACACAGAGCCCGGGCUGUGCCUGCAGCUGGCUUUGAAACAGUUGUCACCGGGGGUUAGAGUGGAGGCAUGCAGCUCUGCCGUGCUGCAAUUUAGUGUGGAAGAAAUUGGCCAGCUAGUCCCUCUGUUGCCAAACCCCUGUACCCCUAUCAGCACUACACGCUGGCAGACAGAAGACCUGGAUGGCAACAAGGUUCUCUUCCAGGUGAAAACCCCGGCUCAACCUCAGCGGCCUCUGACCUGUGCUUUCCCCCUGACAUGCCCCAGCGUGUCCCCUCGAGGAAUACAGCUCAGGAGCUUGGGACAGGGCCACAACCUGUCGCCCUGCAGCCUCACAGCACCCCUGCCCUGGCAAACACACAGGCAAGGCCACAGACCGCGCAGUGACCCUGUCCUUGAGAAGCUUCAUGGAGGAGGUGGUGGAGCCGAGAGCCAGGGAUCAGGAAGCUGCUGCAGCACCCCCCCAGGCAGCUCCUGUUACUCAUCCCAGCGCAGCAGCCCUGCACCGCCAUCAACCACCAAUCACCCCGACUCUCCUCUGCGCCCCUCCAUCACUCGUUCACUGUCUGAUCUCCUUUUGGAAGAGGAUGAGGAGGAACCAGAGACCAAUGUAGACACAGGAGUCCCUGUCUCACCGCACUCUGACGCGCUAGUCAAAAUAAUUGCUCGCUCUUCUACCAUGGACCCUUUGAUGACUCACCACCAUGAGAGACCUGCAGCUGUUGGGGCUUCAGGUGUUGAGGGUCUGGCCAAGGAGCUGAUUGAAUGUCUGCCACGGACACACAUACACCCUCAGGUCGCCUCCAGGACAUGGGGCUCCUCUAGAUGUGCAGAUGCAGCCAAGAAGGGCUGUGGCAGACGGACUGUGGCAGCUGGACAAAGCCCCUCAAAAGAGCUCUUUGUGGAGAACAGGACUACUGCUGAGCUGCUUUCAGCACACACAAACAAGGAGCCAGUCGAUGAGUUCUUCAUCUAAACUCCUGCUACUACGGGGAUGACAUGCAGCCAAGGCCUUCUGCGUCGGGGAGUAAACCUCUGUAUACUGUAUGGGCGCCCGCUCUACCAACUGAACUGUCUGGGCACCCAGAAAUGUCUGAAGUCUUGACUCGUCCCAUACAUUUCUACAAUACACGGUACAAAUGUUCAAAGCCUACGCUCACAAAGCUGCCAAGAGAGCGGUACAAGGAAAAUACUGUGCAUUUGAUGACCUCAUGAGUCCUGGCAUAUGAAGACUGUGUGUCCUGACAUGUUUCCACUAGACAAAACAUUUCAAGUAUGUAAUGUCAUUGUCAAAAUGAAUUAGCUGUAGGAUUAGUAUGCUCUCUAGUGAUGUAAGAGCUACACUGGACUGACUGAUGUCUGCUCUGCCUGCAGUGAUGAGAAAUUACAUGCCAAGUGAAUACUCUGAUAAGAUGAAAAGGUCACCAGAAUGAAGGAUGUGUCACCGAUGUAAAACCACCCGGUUAUAAAACUACUGUUGAGUAUGGCCUCACAAACCAGACAGAAUUACAUUUUGGUUCAAUGGAGAAACAUUCAUGGUUACAGUUGAAUCAUCAUUAAAUGGUUUCUUAAAAU